AGGGCCAUUGCAUCUAUGUUGUUAAUGCUGCAUCUAGGGUUACUGGCGCUAGCGAACAAACUACUGUGCUGCUUUCGUGAUUCCAAAUUCUAGUCCUAUUCCGUAAAUGCAAUAAGAUUCCCGUUCCUACCUGGCGAUUCGUUUACUCGCAUUUUUUUCCUCAGUCGAAUCAUUGUAACCUUCCUCCCCCGCUCUCCGAGCAGCAGUGCAACCGAACGUUAUCUCGCGAUCUUUGAAAUCGCGAUGAACACUCGCGACUAAAAAACGCCGCUGCUGCAGUCACUUUAUCUACGAUACAGUUAAUAUGAUGUCCUAAAUAUCUUCGAUGCUGAAAUACAUAUAUGUGCAGUCAUUUUCCAAACGUUCUUGAUAUGCGAACUGUGUGUGAUGUAUGAAAUCUCAUCUCGACCGUGCAGCGUUUACAAGUAGGCGAAAUUGAUAAAAAGUUACAUCCAUUUUGUACGUCGUUACCUUCUUGAGCGUUGUUUAUUCGAAAAAAAUUAACAUUUUGUGCAUCCGUGACUAUCGGAAUCGCCACGAAGAGGUCGAAAUAAGUGAGGGAGAAAUGGCGGUUGACAUACUAGACGAAGAUCACCUUGCUGUCAGCGCUAUCGUUACAGUAGGGAUGCAACUUAUAUUUUUCACCAUUGCCGCGACUUUUCAAAUGGACAAGCUGACCGAUUUUGCUGGGGGUACAAACUUCAUAAUUCUCGCUCUCCUCACUUUCUUUCUCGGACAAGUCGGCAAGACAUACGAUAGUCGUCAGCUGAUGGUCACUUUAUUCGUGUGCGUCUGGGGGGCGCGUCUCUCCGGCUAUCUUCUGUACAGAAUCAUUAAGAUUGGUAGAGACAAAAGGUUCGAUGACCGCCGGAGCAAUGUUAUACGUUUCGCUGUUUUUUGGACCUUUCAGGCAAUUUGGGUGUACGUGGUUAGCCUUCCCGUAAUAUUCAUCAACUCGCCACGGCACAAAAUUCCACCAGCACCAAAAACCAUGACGACCCUUGACAGCGCCGGGACAGGAAUGUUCGUGGUCGGCCUCCUCGCGGAAACAUACGCGGACCUUCAGAAGUUCGCUUUUCGACAAGACCCAGUGAAUAACGGAAAAUGGUGUAAUGACGGACUGUGGAGGUUGUCGAGGCACCCGAAUUACUUUGGAGAAAUAGUCGUUUGGUGGGGGAUUUUCGUAAUAUCCCUCAACGUAAUCGAAGGCCCGGAAUGGGUCGCAAUCGCGUCGCCGAUAUUCACAACGAUAAUCCUCUUGUUUUUAUCGGGUAUGCCACUUUUGGAGAAGGCAUCGGAUGAGAGAUAUCGAGACAACGCCGAGUAUCGCCAGUACAAGCAAAAGACGUCGCCCUUGAUCCCGGUGCCUCCAGCAAUAUACGGCGAAGUACCGUGGUUUUUGAAAUUCAUACUUUGCUGUGAAUUCCCACUGUACGAUUCUCUGGACGCAAAACCCCGAUCUGCCGUAACCGAGUCAACGUCGAUAAGCCUCGCGGCGUCCACGUAGCUAUAAUCAUCCGUCGGGUGACCAGCAACGGCCCCCGGCGCUCAACCAGUUAACCUUACUUAAUUUACUUUCCGAUUAUCUCUCCUUUCGCGUAAACCUUAUGAUACACGCUUGUCUAAACUUCAUUUCCAUUUUUUGACCACCCUCGAGGCUGUGCGUCGCUCGACCGCGCUUCCGUCAUCUCGCAUCUCUCUGGCACUGGCGACGAAUUUCCUCGACCGAUUCGUACCCUCGAAGAUUUCAGUCCUCGCGGAGCGCGACCCUGGAGCUGAUGCAAUCAAUUGUUUCGCCCCUCUAUUUCCAUAUUUUCUUCUUCUUCUUCUUCUUCUUUAUGCUCUCUAUAUUCUCUCCUUACUUUUAACAUUGAAUCAAAAAUUAAUGAUUUCUAUACGCGCUGUUGCGUCAAAAUGUACAGCCGAAAAUCCGCGUAUUUCAUUCAAACUGUACUUCCGUACAUUUUGCUUCCAUUCUAUUGUUUUUUUUACUAACGAAUCCGUCAUAUCUACCGCGAUGUACGUACGUACGCACAGACCGUAUAAUAUCGAACGGAAUAUUUUGCCAUUUUCAUAGACGAAAUACCGAUUAUUCGAAGAACGUCAGAGACAUCAAUUCUUUUUUCUCAGACUGUAAAUAAAGGUCUCUCUCAAUAAAUACCAUCCAUUUGGGAUGGUAGCAAAGUACGUUUUCGACAAACCGCUAGAAAAAAAACGGGAGGAUCUAAAAAAAGUCGGCAACUAAACCUUAAACCGUUAGUUUUUCGAUGCUGCCAAGAUAAUUGAAUGUUCGAUUUGUCCACAUUAUCUUGAGUGGCGUCAUUAUUUUAUUCAGUUACCGAUAAGUUUCAAUAACGCUCAAACACAAAAAUACACUCGUUAUCAAUGUGUGAUAGUACUUGAUUAACGAUUAAAACAAGCGCUGACAAUUCAAUCGACAUCAAAUAAUAUUGUUAUUGACGAUAAUAACGAAACUCUCAAUUUUUCGAGCCCAUCGAUCACCAAGUCGAAUCGAAAAUAAUCGCUAUUAUUAUUAUUGUUACUACUACUCAAGUUAGAAUGUGCCAUAUACUGAUUAAAGCUCCAUCCGAUCUGCGACACGCUUCAACAAAAUGUACACGAAGGUGCGAAUUGUUAAUGCUAUCGUCGCAGUAGAAUCGACCUUCGGGCGAUAAGAACGAAACAAAAAAUUUGUAAUUCUCCAAUUAUUUAUUUCACGAAUCAUUGGUGUGGAUUGAAAAAUAACAAAUUUGAAAUAAGGGAGGGAUAAAAAAAUUGGAGAAUUACGAAAAUCUCAUUUUCGUUUAUUUCGUUGGAGGCUCCAACGUUGCAAAACUCAGCGUCAUUACGACAUACGUUGAUAUAUCAACGAAACAAACCCGUCAUAUUUUUCAUGACCCAACGACGAAAGUGCUCUAAUUUCACUAUUAAAAUAAUAGAUACUGCGUGUGUGCAGAUAACGAGAUAUUUGAAACGAGACGCCUUCGUUGCACACACUCGCAACGAAUGGCGAUCGAUCGUUUUUGUUCUGUUUUAACUUGGCGUUUUGGCACAGUGGUGACGUUUAUAACUACAGCAAGAAACGUCCUAAUUUUUCAAUCUAUACAUACUCAUGUAUUAUAGUUAAUUUUCGGAGCUAGUUUAACAACUCAACGCUACAGUGCAAUAUCGUAUAGGAAAAAAAAAGUAUUCCAAUUUAAUCGAAAUAGCAUCUAAUAAUGUUUAAAAGUGGAUCGAAAUAACGAUCUUUCUAAGAUUGUUCGAAAAUCAAUAAUUAUUAGUCAGGGUGAAUUCACCAUUGCGAAAUGAAAAUUAGGAUCGAUUGAUUCGAGAUUUUUGCGCGUACCGGAAACUCUACUCGCUAAUUACAAAUUGCCUUUUUCAAAACCGGACCAAUCAGGGCUUUUGGUUAAGCUUUAUCACUGAUUACAUUGGAUGGUGAUUUAUGAGAAGCUCGUUGUUUCCGGUAUCGAAGAAUCUGUAGAAUAUGUUAAAAUGAUAACGAUAGCGGCGAAAAAAAAACAAAUUCCGCAGAAAAGUCGUGCGCAUACAGUAGAUUAAUAUUGAAGAAAAUUUUAUUUCGAGGUUAUCUCCGACUACUUAAAUACCAAAUUGUAUUACGGUAGAAAAAACGCUUCCGUCAUGGAAAUAGCGAGCGUACGAUUCGAUAGGGGAAUGAGGUAAAAUAAAAAAUUACAAUUCCUCUUCUUUAGCCAAGAGAGAAGCUCGCUUCAAUAUUGUGAGACGUGUAUUACGUGACAUUUGUAAGAAAAGAAAGAGCGUUGAUCGCUGUGCUUUGAUGCAGAAAAAAAUGAGGCUGGGUUUGACUGUGAUCGUACUAUAAAAAAAGUUAUUGCGGCAUUAAACGUCUGGAACGUCCUAUUUAUUUAUUUUUCAAUAAUAACGUGUUGACUCGUUGAAUGUUCUGAAUAUUUCAUAAAAGAGCUGACGAAUGAUGAACUGAUAAAAAAAAAAAAAAAAGAAACUGUUCCUGCAGAGCGAAUGAAUGUGCUCGCUGCGAGCAGCUGGAAAAAUUUAUUCCGACACUGGAUGACUCGCAUAGAUUCAUUUUGAAGCAACUUUUUUCUGCGUUACACACUUGUCAAAUGUAGUCACUAUAUGUGGAAACGAUUGAAUCGCGGCUCUAAAAAAAUUUGAAAAAAAAUAAUAAAUUUAAUGAAUGAAACAGCAAAAUAUGAGAACUAAACUACGCAUAGUUACGUGCGUUCACGCUUGAUAUUGAUAAUUGGAGAAUAUUGCACACAACCGAGAAAAAUAUCAUUAAUCCUGGUAGUACAGAACGUAUUAAUUUAUAAAUAUCCAUAGGAAUUAAGUAAAUCACGUGAUAAAGCAGUAAACAGCCGCGUUAUAACAUUGAAUGCACGUUUAGUAAAUUUGGAUCAUCUUAGUUUUAUAAGCUUCCUCGCACACUCUCGUCCUUUCACGACUUUAUUUUCUUCCAUUCUUCAAAUUAUCGAUGAAUUAACGAACACGUUGCUCCCGUCAAACGAGAGCCGGACGACGAAAAUGAAUUUAUUGCUAAUAGAAUAUUGUUAAGUAAGAAUUGAACAAUAGAAUUAGGCUAAAUCAAAUUUCAUAUCGACGAGAAUGAACAAUUUCAUAAUUAUCACCUAUUAUCUAAUAAUAGAAAUAAAAUUAGAUGGCGAUGAGAUUGUAAUGGAAAAUUAAAGAACGACGACGAAUAUCAUUCAUUGAA